AUGGCUCCCAUGGCCCCAAACAAGCCAACAGCAACAGCAACAGCAACGCAGAAGUAUGGCGACCUGAGGACCUACUUCCCCACCAUUCCAAAGCAGGUGAUUCCUGCUCCCGCGACCAGUCAUGACAUUGACACUGUACGCCAUGUUCAGCAUUACCAGAAAGCGCGCGCCUUCACGCCCGUGAAGAUCAAAGAGGAGGAAUUGAGCGAGGCAGAUGAAGACGACGAGCGCCGAUACCGCAUCGAAGAAGAGGAGCAAAUCAAGGAAGCCGACUCCACGACCGAGAGCGAAGGCGAGAAAAUAGUCGUCACCCAACCAGUACGCACUCCCAUGCACGCCUUCCACCGGGCCCACGCAAAAGCAACAAAGUACUUCGACGAGUUCAUGUACGCCCUAAAUAAUCUCGCCCAAACAAUGCAACCACAGAUCACAGACGGCCCAGUCAUCGACGUGCCGCAAAACAUAGUUCGCGGCGAGUACACCCUGUACUCACCAGACUGGAUGGUAUUCCACAAGCACAACUAUUCACACCUCUGGACAGAGCAAUUUGCGGCUACGUGGAGCGCUGGUACUCUGCGACUAGGAUAUCGCUGGGGCCAUGACGGAAGCCCAGUUGGCCUGGAGUUUGCCAUAACGGGGAUUGACCAUGAGUUUCGUACCGUCGUCGACCUGGAUGGUAGAGAGGCGGGACAAGUUUACGAAUUGGGUACGCAUACUGAGCUAGGGUUUGUUCGUGGCCCGUAUAUGGGAUUGAAGAUUGCCAAGGCAUAUCUGGGUUGGGAGGUCGUGGCUGGAGAGUGUCGUUUUGUUUUCUUCCAUGGGAUUCUGGAUAGGACCGAGGAGGAUAUGUAUAAAUGGGGGGCGAGAAUGACAGAACGGAACAUGUAUCCGUAUUAUAAUGCGCCGUUCACGCCUACACUUCCUCAGGCCCAGGUCAGGUAUUGA